UAUGUCGUAAACGCCAACUUUUAUCUUGAAUGCCAUAUUGAUUUAACUAAUGGUGGACGACGAUUAAACGAUCAUUAGUAUUUGGUAGGAAUAAGUGAUCACGAGUAUUUGUUUAUGGUUUACUGUGAAAGCACCUCACCCUUUCAUCCCCGGGGAUGCUGCGCUGAUGAAGCCGUCUGUGAGUGGGAGGGGACGGGGGCGAUUAAGAUAGAGACAGUUCGAGCCGAGGGAGGCAGCGGGUAUUCGCUGCUGCUUCUUGUGCUCGCGAUGUUCUUACUAGACGUGCUCCAACCAGAAGAGAUCAAAUGUAUCGACGUUAAGAAUAGUCAAAAUUUCCCUGUGAUGGAGACGCUCACAUCCGCGUAGCCUACUCACUACAUGGAUACUACAGGACAGCAGUCAACUCGAAACCAGUGAGCGGCACGCAUGCGGAGCUCACCUCUGAGAAGAUGGCGGCAGGUAUGAGAAGGAACGGCAGGGUGGUGUGGAGAAUGGGGGUGUACGCACGACUGCUGGCUGCGAGCGUACUGCUGGGAGCCGAGCUGAGCCGACUGGGUUCGCGGGAUCGGGUCGGGGUCGGCGCCCAGAACAACGAGAGAAGGGUGCUGGCUCGCAUCCCGGGCGACAUCAUCAUCGGAGCUCUCUUCUCCGUCCAUCACCAGCCGCCCGCAGACAAGGUGCACGAGAGGAAGUGCGGGGCGGUGCGCGAGCAAUAUGGCAUCCAGAGAGUGGAGGCCAUGAUGCACACGCUGGAUCGGAUCAACGCCGAUCCCAACAUUCUCCCCAAUAUUAGUCUGGGCUGUGAGAUCAGGGACUCAUGCUGGCACUCCGCCGUGGCCCUGGAGCAGAGCAUCGAGUUCAUCCGGGACACGCUGGUGUCCAGCGAGGAGGAGGAGAGCCAGGCCAGGUGCAUCGCACCUGGUGGCAUUGCACCGGUGCCGCAGAGUAAGAAGCCCAUCAUCGGCCUCAUCGGGCCGGGAUCCAGUUCGGUGGCCAUCCAGGUCCAGAACUUGCUGCAGCUCUUCAACAUCCCUCAAAUCGCCUACUCGGCCACCAGCAUGACUCUCAGUGACAAGAGCUUGUUUAAGUACUUCAUGAGGGUGGUGCCGUCAGACAUGCAGCAGGCCAGAGCCAUGGUGGACAUUGUCAAGAGGUACAACUGGAGCUACGUGUCUGCCAUACACACCGAGGGUAACUACGGCGAGAGCGGCAUGGAGGCGUUCAAGGACAUGGCGGCCAAAGAGGGGAUCUGCAUCGCACACUCGGACAAGAUCUACAGCAACGCCGGCGAGCGCGCCUUUGACCGGCUGCUACACAAACUGCGGGCACACCUGCCCAAAGCCCGUGUGGUGGCCUGCUUCUGCGAGGGCAUGACCGUGCGAGGCAUCCUCGCCGCCAUGCGCCGCCAGCGCCUGGUGGGCGACUUCCUACUGGUGGGGAGCGACGGCUGGGCGGACCGCUACGACGUGACCGACGGCUUGGAGCGGGAGGCGGCAGGCGGCAUCACCAUCAAGCUCAAGUCGGCCUACGUGACGUGGUUCGACGACUACUACCUGAAGCUCAAGCCCGACACCAACCUGAGGAACCCCUGGUUCCCCGAAUUUUGGCAGCACCGCUUCCAGUGCAAGCUGAGGGGCGUCCCGCAGGAGAGCACCGCCUACAACCGCACGUGCAGCUGGAGAGAGUCCUUGCGUCACCAGUACGCCCAGGACACCAAGAUGGGCUUUGUCAUCAAUGCCAUCUACUCCAUGGCGUACGGUCUGCACGCCAUGCAGCAGAACCUCUGCCCGGGAUACAAGGGUCUGUGUGAGGCCAUGCGGCCCGUGGACGGCCGCCAGCUCCUGGACUACCUGAUGCAAACCAACUUCACGGGCGUGUCGGGAGAAGUCAUCCACUUUGACCAGAACGGAGACUCACCUGGCAGGUACGAGAUCAUGAACUUCAAGCAAAUGGCCGAGGACGAGUACGCCUACGUGCACGUGGGCAGCUGGGACCAGGGCGGCCUGCGCAUGAACGACCAGGAGAUCUGGAACAACGACAGCGACGUCAUACUCUCCGUCUGCUCCGAGCCCUGCCAGAAGGCCCAGAUCAAGGUGAUCCGCAAAGGCGAGGUGAGCUGUUGCUGGACCUGCACGCCUUGCAAGGACAACGAGUUUGUGUUCGACGAGUACACGUGUCGCGCCUGCCCGCUGGGCUCGUGGCCCACCGACGACCUGCGUGGUUGCGAGCCCAUCCCGGUGCAGUACGUGCGCUGGGCCGAUCCGGAACCCGUCGCCGCCGUCGUCUUUGCCUGUCUGGGCCUACUGGCGACGCUCUUUGUUACAGCCGUCUUCAUCAAGUUCUGGGACACGCCGGUGGUGAAGUCGUCCAGCCGGGAGCUGUGCUACAUCAUUCUGGCGGGCAUUUGUCUGGGCUACGCGUGCACGUUCAGCCUGAUCGCCAAGCCGCACCUGGUCUACUGCUACCUGCAGAGGCUUGGCAUCGGCUUGUCGCCCGCCAUGAGCUACUCCGCCUUGGUCACAAAGACCAAUCGCAUCGCUCGCAUCCUGGCAGGCAGCAAGAAGAAGAUCUGCACCAAGAAGCCUCGCUUCAUGUCCGCCUGCGCUCAGCUGGUCAUCGCCUUCCUGCUCAUCCUGCUGCAGCUCGCCAUCAUUGUGGCGCUGCUCGUCAUCGAGCCCCCAGAGGUGAUUCACGACUACCCCAGCAUACGUGAGGUGCACUUAAUCUGUAACCUCACCACUCUGGGGGUGGUGGCGCCCUUGGGCUACAACGGCCUGCUCAUCCUCAGCUGCACCUUUUACGCCUUCAAGACUCGUAACGUUCCGGCCAAUUUCAACGAGGCCAAGUACAUCGCCUUCACCAUGUACACCACCUGCAUCAUCUGGCUGGCCUUUGUGCCCAUCUACUUUGGCUCCAACUACAAGAUUAUCACCAUGUGUUUCAGCGUUAGCCUCAGCGCCACCGUGGCGCUCUGUUGCAUGUUUGUGCCCAAGGUGUACAUUAUGCUGGCCAAGCCGGAGAAGAACGUGCGCAGCGCAUUUACCACGUCCACGGUGGUGCGCAUGCAUGUGGGCAACGCCAAGAAAGCCGCCAAGGCGAGUAAGCCGUCUAGUAGCAUGGCCAACCUGUUCAGGCGCCGAUCAUCCGCGCAGGACAAUGUCAGCUCCAACGGGAAGUCGGCUGCCUGGAAGCAGAACGAGCGCAGCUACAGGCCCAACCUUUGGAAGAGGAUGACCUUUCACGUCAAGAAGAAGGACGCCGUGGAAGCCAACCAGACCGCCAUCAUCAAACCGUUCUCCACGGGCGGCGGCGGCGAGGACGCGGCGAGCGUCCAGUCUCAACGGUUCGGAGACGACACCAGACCGACGCCCGCCGAGCUCCCCGUCGGCGACAUCAGCGUCAUCGGCGUGGGCGAACUCGGCAUGAUGGCCGGUCCCGUAGAGAGCGCCACCGUCAUGGAGCAAAUCAACACCGUGGUGGUCAACAGCUUCAACCAGCGGGACGUCGCCGCCCUGCCGGCAGCCGCCCUCGCCGACGGCCCCGCCGGGAAGCUCUACGAGCACCUGGCGCGCCGCAUCAGGGACACGGAAAAGCUCGCCGUACUGACGCCGCCGUCACCGUUCCGGGAUGCUUCGCUCAGCUCCGAGGAAAGCGACGACGCUUGCUCCUCGCGCUCGCUAUCUGGGGCCUCAGAGGCGGAAUACGGGCAGCUGCUGCCGCGCCAUUACAGCCAGAGUGCUUCCUCUCUGUAAACGCUGCUUCCCACGGACCAAAC